AUGGGGCUUCCUCAGCCCCCCUCGGAAGCUGAACAGAGGCAGAAGGCCUCAGACCUAAUCCGCGCCGCCGAAACUGGCGAACUCGAGAUUGUACCAGGCCCCAGCCUCCCCUCACUCGCAUCCCUCAACCUCACCUCACGCGAUCUAGUCGUUCGCGCCCUCGAGCGCCUCGAGCGUUUCAAGCUCGAACUCGCUGAAGAAGACCACAAUUCGAACGAACUUCUUGAAUCUAGAUCUAGAUCAAAGUCGCUCACCAAACGGUUCUGCUACGAGUACCUGCACGCCAUCGGGAGCACCACGUGCGCUGUUCCGGCUUGGGGAUCGCGAUUUUGUCAUACUGUCUCUGGGUCUGGCGAUGUUGCAUGGUCGGGGAGCGUGAAUGGAGUGUCCUACACCCAGUCAAGUUGUGCUGACGUUGCGAAUGGAGGUGUAUGGGUACUCCAUAACUGCCGCGAUUAUAUCUUUGUUGGUUGGUAUUUUCAAAUGGAAGGGACCAAUGCUGCAUGGGGGAAGGAGAACCUUAUCGUUUCGAUUCAUGCGAUGUGA